AUGGACAUCAAUACUAGGAUUGAAGAACUUCAGAGGCAGCUAAAAGAAGCAGAGAGGAGGGCGGAACAGGCAGAGGGCAUAGCUGAAAACGCAAAGGCCAGAGCCGAAGAGGCAGAAUAUCUCCGUGAGAAUGAGCGACGACUUCGACAAGCCCUGGAGAACAGAAUCAACCUGACAACCUUCGAGACCUUCCUUCGAUCCUGCCACGAGUACAUAACCGUACCGCUUAACAUUCAACCGAAGAAGUCCAAAACUACAAAGGGCUCGAUCACGGCCCCUACUGGUCGCUACUGUCCCACCACACUUCGCCGAUGGACAGAUUUUCCCCGUCUGCGCAACGAGCUCUUCAACAGGGUAUUCUCUCUCUUUCAUCCGACUGAAGCACCCCCAUUAAAAGUGUUCCCAUCCACUGAGGUGGUGAGGGGUGUCGGUGACCUUGUCUCGCGUCGACGACUAGGCAGCGAGCUCGACCUCUUGAGCUAUGAGCGAUUCGCCGUUGAAGAACAUGUCAUCUUCAUUAUGCAGGAACUGCUAAAGCUUGAUACUGGCACCCACCUUCCUUUGCUCGGGUCGGGCAUAUCCUUUGAAAAUCAUGCCAAUACCCUCAGUGACGAGCUGGAGCUAACACCGCAGAAGCACCAGGGUUUCGAAAAGAUGACGAGGUUGAGACUUUGCUGUUCAUCAUUGAAUACAAAGCUGGCUCACCUGAUCCCCACUGAUCAAGAGGAAAAACUCAUUUACAAAGCAAAGCAGAUCACUGGUGCUGCCAUCACUCAGGCAUUUGACUACAUGAUUAAAGAAGGGGUUGAAUAUGGGUAUUUGACUACUGGUGAAGUUUUUACUUUCCUUCACAUCAAAGAAGAUGACCCAACUACACUAUAUUACCACCUCUCUGAACCUGUUCGUGACAUCGAAGCUCAGCAUCCCCUAACACAGCAGGACCAAGAGUGGCGAUCUCAUGCAUUUUCCAUUCUUCACACAUGGGCUAUUGAUGUAGAGUACAUCUUGGCGAAGAUGCCAGCUGAGGAGAGAAGCCGAACGCCAUCUGGGUCGAGCUUUGUCCCAUCAAGCCCGCUUUCCAGUCCUAUCCAACAGGAACAAUCUCGUCGAUCACGUCGACUGCAAGGUCGCUGUGCGGACUCGGAUGACACGGCCGAAGAUUCACCCUCGGAUAGCUCUGAGGGGGACGAUCCCAGCAACCGUAAUGCAAUGAGCAAAUGGGGAUCCAAACGAUUCGCAGUGGUUAUAUCUCCACCUCGACCCCCUGCAGCAAAACGACAGCAGCAGUCGCAGGAGGAGCGCAGACGUAAUCGGGAGCCAGAACGUCAAUACUGCACACAAAAGUGCCUUGCUGGUUUGGCCAAUAGGGCUGCUUUAGAUCAAGCAUGUCCCAACAUCACUCUUCACCGAACAAUGAGCCAGGAUGACAAUCAUCCGAUUCUUACAGCGAGAGUUGCUGCACUACUUGAAGCUCAGCUUAACAACGACCGAGAUAAUGGAUGCAGACCUUUGAAGUUCUUUGGGGCCUACGGUAUUCUCUUUAAGAUGACACUGGCCAAAUACGGCUAUACUUUCGUGGGGAAAGGAACGAUCGAAGGGUUGAUCCAUCAUCUCCAACAUGAGGCUAAAGUGUAUGAAUACCUCAGCAAGCUUCAAGGUAGUUUGAUUCCGGUCUGCCUGGGGAGUGUUAACCUAAAAGAGCCAUUCAUCACAGAUGGUUUGGAUCGGAUUGUCCACUAUCUGCUCCUCUCCUGGGCUGGAGACAGCUUAGAUUAUUCGCAGCAUUGUGACUUUCAUCAGGAGGCGAGAAGACUGCAAAAGGAGUUGGGUCGGUAUGGUGUGGUCCAUGGGGAUGUUCGUCCUGCCAAUGUCACCUGGAAUUCAGAGCUAUCCCGACCAAUGCUGAUCGACUUCGACAAAGCGCGGCUGGUGCGGAAAAGACUAUUAACCAGCUCAAGGCCGAAAGCCACUCAUAGCCAUGCCAUUAAACGGAAACGGCGAAGCCUUUUCCAAGUUGACGUAUAA